CGCGAGCGAUCUCCCGGCCACUCCCACUUGGCCGAGGCCGCCGGCCUUACUCUUGUUACACACUCAGGCUGUUGAACUUCUUUGACUGCUUGUAUACUACUGUGCUCUGUCGAAUAGCCAACCAUGUCGGACACACAGGAGGUCGCCCACCAAAGUGAACCUACACCCGCUAUUCCACCGGCAGCCCCGCCGCUGCCUCCCGAUCUACUUCUUGUCAUAUUCAUCCACGGGUUCAAGGGAACGGACAGCACAUUUGUCCAGUUUCCCCAGAGACUGCAGCAUAUCCUCUCCGAGACUAUCCAGAAUACAGUCGUGGAAUGCGUCGUCUUCCCAGCGUACGAGACCAAGGGAGACUUGACCGAGGCCGUGGUCCGGUUCGCCGACUGGUUGACCAACCUAACCGUGCAAAGGGAGGUAGCCAAUGGUACAGGUGGUGGCGCAGGCAAAGCAAGGAUAGUACUCUGUGGGCACAGCAUGGGCGGCCUGCUCACCGCAGAUGCUCUCCUCGAAUUCGUCCGUACACGACCAGACAGUGCAGCACCUAUCUGGCCGAACAUCGUCGCAUGCCUAGCAUUUGACACACCCUAUCUCGGCCUGCACCCCUACGUCUUCAAGAACAGCGCAACCCAAGCUGCCUCCUACGUCCAGAGCGCCCGCUCCGCAUACUCUGCCUUCCAAUCCUUCACCUCGAAGUCCCCAGUCACGACCACCGCCUCUGCGCCCAAGGCGGCCAUCACCGCGCCCCCGGUGGCCGCCCAGACUGCCAGCGCCUGGCAGAAGUGGGCACCCGCGGCGUAUGCGGUGGGCGGGGCGCUCGUUGCUGGGGCAGCAGCGGGCACUGCGUACUGGAAGCGCGAGGACCUUGGGUUAGGGUACAAGUGGGCGGCGGACCAUAUGAAGUACGUGGGCACGCUGUGGGACGAGCGUGCGCUGCACAGGAGGUUGGAGAGGCUUUUGGCGGUCGAGAGGGACAUGGGGGUCAUCUUCCGAACAUUCUACACCUCCCUUCCUGCAGAACCUUCGUCUAACCCGGAGCCACGUACAUUCAUCGUACUCCCCAAGCAGGGUACGAUCGUCGCAGAGCAUUUCCUGGAGGCACGGAAUGCGCUAGCGCAGGACGAAGUGCAGGCGCACACCGGUAUGUUCGGCAGUAAGACAAACGACGGAUACUACGAGCUUGGGCUGGCGACCGCUCAGUUCAUCAGGGAAGCUGUGGCUAUCAACAAGGAGAGUUCCGUCGCUGCAGGCACCUGACGCGUCUGGGAUAGGGCGCAACGGGGAUGCUGAAGCUCAUCCAGAGGUGUCGACAGUGCCGACGGGCCAGCCGGAGGAGGAUCUGUUGUUGUAGACUAGUCUACCGCAUCCCUCCUGGUUCCCGGGUAACACGAUUCUCGCCGCGUAAGUUAUCGUAUGUAUCAGUAUGUAUUGUACACCUUGUUGUACAACAGGUCAUCGGACAAGAUCCUUGAGUGACAACUUCAUAGCAUAUGCGUCCUCGCCGUCCGCAUCUACAAUCGGCGG